CUCACCUCCCCAAUCCAUCACAACCUCCUCGAUCAGCUCACCACACACUUCACUCACUAGCAGCAGCUUGAUCAGAUCAUCAGCGAGUGUUAUUUCAUAUUGCUGCAAUAUAAUUAAUGGCUCGCCUCUCCGCCGUUGUCGCCGUCGUCCUGGUGGCUGCGCUGGUGGCUGCGGAGACCGCUUCGGCUGCGGUGAGCUGCGGCGAGGUGACGUCGGCCGUGGCGCCGUGCCUGGGGUACGCCAUGGGCCGCUCGUCUUCGCCCUCGGCGUCGUGCUGCAGCGGGGUGAGGUCGCUGAGCAGCCGGGCGUCGUCGACGGCGGACCGGCAGGCGGCGUGCGCCUGCCUCAAGAGCAUGACGGGGAGGGUGGGCAACAUGGGCAACGCCGCCAGCAUCCCCGGCAAGUGCGGCGUCAACGUCGGCGUCCCAAUCAGCCCAAACGUCGACUGCUCCAAGAUUAACUGAUAAGAAGCUAGGGAUGUAUGCUCAGCUCAGCUCCAUCUUUGGGGCCAUGCAUCAGAGCAUGCUGCAGUCGUUUACUCCCUUUACUUUACACCAUCACCACCUCUGUACUUGUCGUGUUUGAAACAACAAGAAUAAUGCUCUGCUUGUUGAUGUGGUUUUGCUGGAUGGGUGGGUCUCUGCUGUUUUCAUGUACCAUCAUGCUGCUCUGUAGCAUCAAGCAGCUCGCUCUCUGCUGAAUUAAUAAACUUUAAUUUCUUUCUUUGUGUCC